UUUUUUUACUGCCCUUGACAAGGACGACUCCUAUAGCUGCGUCUCUUUACUUCCAGACCUAAUCUGACAUUCUCUUCGAUGGAACUGCGGCCGGGUGAUGGGCCUUCUUCUCUUCCAUUUCACGACUCCCUUCUUUGUUGAGUAUUGAAUCAUCUUCUGCACUCUCUAGUGUCCAGCAACACUCUCCGGUGUCCAGCAAGACUCUCCAGCGUCCAACAUCCAGUGAUAGGUUGUGAGAAAGAAAGGAGAAGAAGCAGAGAUGAAGAAGUGGCGACGAGAGGCUCACGGGUUCUGUAGCUUCGAUGAUGGUGGCGCGGGAAGAAGAUAUGGAGUUGCAGUGGCAGCGCGGGAUAAAGUUCGGACAUGCGGUACUUCUACGAUGAGGACGAGUGACGAUGUGCUGUGGAGGGAGGGCGACGCUAGCAGAAGCAGAGACGCGGACAAUUCUUUGCAACGAAGAAGGAACGAUGCAGAUGUUAGGGUUAAGGGCAUUUUGAGUGUUUCAGCAUUUAGUCUCUUUUUUGUCCAUACGAAUUUAUGGUCACAUUUUUGUCAAUUGUAAAGUCCCUAGUAUUAUUCUGGUCAUUAUUUCAAAAUAUUAUCAUGUUAAAUUUUGGUAAUGUUAAAACAUGACAAUUACUCUAUUUAGAGAACAAAAUAAGAACAAACUAUGACAAUUUUAAUUUAAAAUUUACAAACGUUU